AUGGACGGUUCCGGGACGUGGCCGAGCGAGCUGGUCGAGUGCACAUCGUUGGACAUCUACGGCCGGCUCCCGGUCGCCGAGCUGACGCUGGCAACCUCCUACGCCGCGUACCUGGUCUACGGCCUGGCGGACGGGCACCGCGGCCUGAGCUUCCAGGACCAGGAGACGACGGUGGCGCUGGCCUCCCGCUCCGGCCACGUGGGGGCGGGGGCGGCGCCGCGCCACGCCGUGUGCCUCCAUCCCGACGAGGCAGAGGCGCGCAAGUUCAGGGCCGUCUCCCGCGGAACCGGCGCCGAGGAGACGAGGCCGCCGAGGCUGCGGGAGGACGGGUGGUUGGAGAUGGAGAUGGGGCGGCUGCGCACGCCCGGCGACGACGGCGAGCAGGAGACCGCGGUCGCGGGCGAGGAGGAGGUGGUGGUGAGCUUCGAGGUAGGGUGGUACCUGAAGCGCGGGCUCAUUGUCGAAGGCGUCGAGUUUAGGCCCGUCUACUUAUUUGGGCCUUAA